GAGCCGGCGGCGGGAAGACCUCGGUGUCGGCUAGGCCCGGGAACCGCACUCCCGCCGGGCCGGGGAGAGGCUGGGGACCGGGCGCAGGCGAGGACACACCGCCCGGCCCGCGGGGACACCCAAGGCGCGGACGGGCCGGCUCAGGUCCGAGGGGAGCCCCGGCGGGGGACGCGCCCACCGGAGGUGCAGCCCCCAGAGCUCUCGGCCGAGCCCACCCGGGUCUGGGGUCCUCGGAGGAGGCUGACGGCCGAGGAGGCGUCCGCCGGGAGCCAGCGCCCGGGCGACGGGGCCAGCGCGAUCCCUGAGGGCGCGGAGGAGCCGGCCGGGCCCCAGGCGGGAGGGAGCCGGGCGCGCCGCCAUGCGCGGGCCGCUGUAGCCGAAGGCGCGGGCCCGAUGGAGCGGGCCGGGGCGCGGAGGCUGCGGGGCGGCCGCGGCCCGCCGGGGCUGCGGCUCGCGCUCGGGCUGGCGCUGCUGCUGGCGCGGCUGCCGUCGGGCCGCGCGGGGGCCCCUGAGGCACAGGAACCCGCAACACCCCGUACGGCGGCCCCGGCCGGCGGCGACCGCUGCCGAGGCUACUACGACGUGAUGGGCCAGUGGGACCCGCCCUUCAACUGCAGCUCGGGCGCCUACAGCUUCUGCUGCGGCACGUGCGGCUACCGCUUCUGCUGCCACGACGGGCCGCGGCGCCUUGACCAGAGCCGCUGCUCCAACUACGACACUCCGGCCUGGGUGCAGACCGGCCGGCCGCCCGCGCGUGCUCGCGACGCCGCCGCGCCCCGGGACCCCGGCCGCGAGCGCAGCCACACGGCCGUCUACGCCGUGUGCGGGGUCGCCGCGCUGCUCGUGCUGGCCGGUAUCGGGGCGCGCUUGGGCCUGGAGAGGGCGCACAGCCCGCGCGCGCGGCGCACCGUGACCAGGACACUGACAGAACUUCUGAAGCAGCCAGGCCCCCAGGAGCCACUGCCUCCGCCUCUGGGCCCCCCUCUGGGGAGCUGUGUCCAGGUGCAGAUGGGUGACAGCCUUCCCCGGGGCUCCCCCCACAACAGCACAGACAAGAAACGCCCCAACAACGCGCCGCUGGGGUCGGCGACACCGGGACCCCCGCGCGGCCCCCGGCUGCAGGGCGGCGGCAGCAUGACGCUGCAGCCCGACUACGCCAAGUACGCCACCCUCAAGGCCGCCGCGCUCAAGGCCGCAGAGGCCUCCCCGCAGGACUUCUACCAGCGGUUCCCCGCGAUCGAGCCCGCCCCAGUGACCCUCCCGGCACGGGCCCCGCGGCCUCCUGAGGACUUGUCAGCGCUGCUCAACGCCUGCCCCUGGGCCCCGCCGGGCUACGCGCCCCCUGCCGGCCCCGCCCCGUCGGGCCACUACAAGGGCUGGACCGCUGGCCGCCCGGCCCGGCCUGGCCCCCGCGGCCACCUGGCGGCUCAGGCCUGCCACGCGCCCCGGCACCAGUUCAGCGUGGAGAAGCUGCCCGAAGGCGUCAGCCCGCAGCCCCCCGGCCUUUACAGCAGCGCGGGCCGCGGACCCCGGCACCUGAGCACCAACAGCAAAGCGGAGGUCACCGUGUGAAGACGGGGCCGCUGGUUCUCCCGAGGCAUCGCAUCGCUGGGAGCCCUCGUCUGCCGGGAGUCGCCAUCGGGUCGGUCUAGGGGCCCAGGCCACGGGCCUGGCGGGGGCCUGGGAGGGGCGCCGGCCGCGGAAGGCUAGCUCUUCCAUCUGCCCAAAGUGGACUGGGGGCCUUGGAGCCUGCAGGGCUAAGAAGGGGCCCACUGGGUAAGGCCAGUGGUUCUGUUCUGGCCCCCCCCCCCCGGGGGCCGGAGUUCCUGGUGUAAAUAGACCCUUUCCUGUGGCUCCCACCCCAGAGAAUAAAAGAGCCCCAGCUUGGCUCUGAGAGGC